AUGCCUGAGCCUCCCAACCCCCACCCCUUCCUCGACGCCGGCCCCGACUCUCCCCGCGACGCCGACGCCGGCGCCGUCUUCGUCCUCGAAUCAAAAGGGCAGUGGUGGCACGCCGGGUUCCAUCUGACGACGGCGAUAGUGGGGCCGACGAUCCUGACGCUGCCGUACGCUUUCCGAGGGCUGGGAUGGCCGGUAGGGUUCCUCUGCUUGACCGCCAUGGGAGUCGUGACGUUUUACUCCUACUACCUCAUGUCGAAGGUUCUCGACCACUGCGAGAAGGCCGGCCGCCGCCACAUCAGGUUCCGGGAGCUCGCCGCCGACGUGUUAGGGUCAGGAGGAAUGUUCUACUUUGUGAUAUUCAUACAGACAGCCAUAAACACUGGGGUUGGAAUAGGAGCAAUUUUGCUUGCUGGGGAAUGUGUUAAGAUUAUGUAUACAGAACUUUCUCCAAAUGGAUCCCUGAAAUUGUACCACUUCAUAGCCAUGGUUACCGUGGUAAUGAUGGUCAUCUCUCAACUACCAUCUUUCCACUCCCUCAGACAUAUUAACCUUGGUUCCCUGCUUCUCAGCUUGGGCUACUCAUUCCUGGCGGUUGUUGCGUGUAUUUAUGCAGGUACCUCUAAGAAUGCCCCUCCAAGGGACUACUCCCUAGAUUCUACGGCAUCAAUAAGGGUCUUCAAUGCCUUCACUUCCAUAUCCAUAAUAGCUGCUAUCUUUGGGAACGGCAUACUACCUGAAAUACAAGCAACAUUGGCGCCCCCAGCUACAGGAAAGAUGGUAAAAGGUCUUGUAAUGUGUUACACAGUAAUUUUCUUUACGUUCUACGCCACUGCAGUGUCUGGUUACUGGGUUUUUGGGAACAAGGCUAGUUCAAACAUUCUAGAGAGCCUUAUGCCAGAUGAAGGGCCUUCUUUGGCUCCAACAUGGGUCCUAGGUCUUGCUGUAGUAUUUGUUCUCCUUCAGCUUCUUGCCAUUGGCCUGGUUUAUUCUCAAGUUGCUUAUGAGAUAAUGGAAAAGAAAUCAGCUGAUGUCAAUCAAGGAAUGUUUUCGAAAAGGAAUCUGAUUCCUCGGAUAAUUCUUCGGUCGGUGUACAUGAUACUUUGCGGAUUCUUUGCUGCAAUGCUUCCAUUUUUCGGAGACAUAAGUGCUGUGGUUGGAGCUGUUGGGUUUAUCCCUUUAGAUUUCGUCCUUCCAAUGCUUCUCUACAACAAGACUCAUAAGCCAACAAAAUCGACCUUCACUUACUGGCUCAACAUGUCUAUAAUGGUUGUGUUCACUGCAGUAGGAUUGAUGGGCACAUUUUCUUCCGUAAGGAAAUUGGUUCUUGAUGCCAACAAGUUUAAGCUGUUUAGUGAUGAUGUGAUUGACUAAGCUUGUACAUAUAUGUAAAGCAGCCUUCCCCUUUUGUCAUGGAGAAGCUGUGCCAUUUGUGGCCCUUGUAGCUUGUAAUACCAAAAUUACAAACUUCACAAGUCACAACUGCUAUGUGUUAGUUAGGUUCUUAGUUAGUUUCUUUAUCAAAAGUCUCGGCUCAAUCGAUCUGUAUUGUAGACAUUAUGUAACCCGCAAACUCCAAAUCUGGGAAACUCUAGAGAAUGUGGUUGUUCUAAUUAAAAAUCGAAAAUCCUGGCUGGCCAAGAAGGCAAGAACCAAUUCU